AUGUGCAUGCACGAGGGAAAAAUCAGCCUGCUACGUGCGCACGCCGGUGGGGGCGCCACGUGGGCGAGGGCGCGGCCCACAGCUCCGGGGCGCAUCACAAGGCCCGGGUUACCGUGGCAGCAGCGGAGGCGGUCGGCGCGCAGGCCUGCCAUGACGGAAGGCCAGAAUGCCGCGGGAGCUGGUGGCUGGAACCGCGCCGGCUCCAUGGCCACUAAAUGGUUUACCGGGGCGCCCUUCGGGGUGCAGAGCCACAGGUUUGACAUCUCUGCUGUUUAUCCCAACCGGAAGAAGUUCAGCACCUUCACUGAGGCCCCAUACUCCAUGCGUUAUUCUACCCAAGUGGGUGGUGGCUUGGUGAGGGCCUGCUCUGUGGGUGGACUGGGCGGGCGUGGCUGUCACAGCUCUGACCACACUCUGACUCAGUCCCACAUAGGCCCGGGGACUUACAGCUCAAAGGAGACCUGCUUCAGCAAGAAGAAGCUGAUGAAGGAGGUGGACACAGGCUGGGCCAAGGCCCAGGAAGCCACGCGGCUGACCCAGCUACCUCACUUCCAGUACCAGGCCAUCAUGAAAGAGAAGCGGCUGCAGGAGCAAAAGCUGGGGCCCGGCUCCUACAAUCUCAAAGACUUCUUAGAACAGCUGCGGGAGAAACCGUGUAGCACCCGGGGGCUCCUCAGCUCUGGGGAGGUUCGCUUCCGAGGACUCAUUGGGAACUACUAUCCAGGCCCUGGAAAUUAUGGGGAGAAGGGCAACCCAUACACCAAGCUGGAGGAGAAUGCCUGGAACCGGUCCCAUUCCGAGGGCCUCAUGUGCAAGAUGAGCAACAAGCCGGACCCCCGGCCUCAUCAGGGGAGUGGUCUGGGACCCGGCACCUACUCCUUCAAAAGUGGCCUUGAGACAUACGUGGCACGAUCCGUCGGCACCCGCGGCCCCUAUGACACUUUUUCUGGUGAUCGGAGCAAGCCACUGCCUUAUGGGCACUACUCCAUGCAGAAAAAGAAGCCCAGGGAACUGAUGAAUUUCAAGAGCUUCGUAGAAGAACUUAACUCACGUCACAAUAAGAAGCAUGGGGUUUUUUCUAAACUUCCCCGCAACCCGAAAAUCCCUACAGAGAGGAUUUACUGGGCCAGCCUCAGCCAGUGCCCCCGCACACCGGCCACAUCUGGCCCCAGUUUCUGGCUUCCACAAGAGAAGAAAUGCAAACCCGUCAACCAGCCCUCGUUCCUGUUGACCUCCAAGGGGUCAGGCGCAAAGGCCUCUCAGAUGAUUAUGGGAAGCUGGAACCCAGUAGGUGUGGGCUGCUACCUCAACACCUGGCUGAUGGAGACAAAGGACAGGCGGCAGCGAUACCGGUCCCUAUUCCUGGGUGGAUCCAAACGCUACCUCUCAGACCUGGCCCGGGACAUGCUUAUGCAGGAAAGGAUCACACCAUUUACUAAGGGGAAGUGCCCUCCAACUGUGGAUUACAAUUCAGAUCCUACUUCUUAAAGCCACAUGUGAAGGACAGCCCGCAGUGACCGGAGAGCCCAAAGGCCUGAAGACAAAUCUGGGGGUGAGAGCAUGGGUGUGGGAGUGGGGUGUCAGAGAAAGGACACAUGGGCCUGGGAGAAGGGAGAGAUGUAUGGGGAUCACCUUUGCCGGAGCUGCAUACCUGAAGGUCACAGUGUCUUCCAGGACAGCUGGGGACAGGUACCUUUUGUUGCAGGAGAUCAAUUAUCCUGAGAACUCAACUCAGUCAGUGACAUGAACGUGGGGGCCAGAGAGCAGAUGGACUGAAGGGAUAGGACGUGGUUGACACUCGUGUGACCCUUUCUAUUCUAAAGCCAGAGUGCUUGGCUCCUUGUUUAUUAAAGUUCAGAAAGUGGUGGGAGAGUGUA